AUGUUUUGUAUUUCAGGAAUAGCUCCUAAAUUUACUGAGCAAACUAAAAUCAGAAAAAUUGGAAAAGAUGUUGAGUUUGAAUGUAUUCUCGAAUCACAACCAAUCGGUGACGUGAAAUGGUCAAAGGAUGGAGUGCCCAUCAUGUCGGGAGGUCGAUAUACUAUCAACACAGUUUCUAACGGAAGUAGACAUAUCCUCACUCUUCGAAUAGCCGAAAUAACUGCAAACGAUGGAGGCGAAUAUCUGGUCCUUUCCAAAAACCCAAGCGGAGAAGCUACAGCAAAUAUUAAACUCAAUCUCGGACAAGCAAAGCAAAUACGUCCCUACCACUUAGCUGAACCAUUGACAACCAAAAUGUCACAACAGACACAAAUAAAGGCUCCGAAAUUUCCAGAUAAACCAGUCAUCAGAAAAGACCCAAUAAGCGGAGAGAUUGUUCUCUAUUGUCGCCUCGAGGGCAAUCCGAAACCCGAACUGGCGUACUUCUUGAACGAAAAACCCAUUUCCCCGAAACCUGGCAAAUUGACGUUCGUCUACACCGAUGCAGGUCCUGAAGCCUACAAUUGUGAAAUUCGAAUUGCCAACCCCACCUUGGAUGACAGCGGAUCCUAUAAAAUAAAAGCCUUUAACGCUGGUGGGGAAAGCAAUGCCUUUGCAAACCUAAACCUCUCAAGUAAACCCUCGGCGGAGAUGGCUCCCAAAUUCGAUCCCCCUUCAGUACGUAAAGAAGGAAAAGCAAUUAUCGUAGAAACUACCUGCACUGGUUGCCCAGCCCCCGCGUUUCACUGGACAAAGGGGGCGCUUGAACUCAAACCGAAGACCGGAAAAUUUGAAAUGACGGAAAAGUCCGAAGAACAGAAGUUCAUUCAAAUUCUGCGCAUCUUAAAAACCACUUACCACUUGAGUAAACCUAGCGAUUUAAAACAUGCCCUUGAUCUUGCGACCAAACGUCUGCUUGGCGGAGAAUGCCAAGAAGAUAAGCAAAACCCCAAGGUUCUUGAUUCUCCUAAUGUUACCUACCGCGCCACAAAAGCGCUAGUAGAAUUGUUGGUGGACUCAGGCGAUGAUGUGCCUAAUAUCGUAUGGAGAAAAAAUGGAAGAACGUUCACCGCUGACAACCGCUUUAAGAUGACGGUUCAUGCGGAGGGGACAAAGCGAUUUGUUACUCUAACCGUCGAUCCUGUGACUGAUUCAGACAACGGCACAUACGAAUGCGAAGUAACCAAUUCUUACGGUUCCACAAAGGUUCAAUUUGUCAUUAAAGCCGAAAAAGAGAAAGGCAACAUGCCCAAGCUGACUUCAAAACCCAGCGAUGUAUCUGAAAAUGAAGUGCUGUUCGAUUUAACUGUAGGUUCGACAAUGUCUCUCGGGUGUAGCUACGAUGGGGCUACAACGCCCGAGGUUAAGUUUCUACACCUGGGAGUUGACAUAUCUUCAGAUCCACGAGUUAUUAUUAAAGUGGAUCAUCCAAGUAAAUCCAUCAAUGUGACCACCCGAACACUGAAAUUAGAAGAUACCGGCCCUCAUACAGUUCAGCUUCUGUCCGGGGGAAAGAUCUGUGACACCGCCAACUUCUACUUGACUGUGGUGGAGAAAAUGGACAACACAGGAGCAAACGACGCGACCCCCGAACUACUAAGCACACCGAAUCCUGGCAGCCGACGGCCCUCCGACAUACGGGGCACUUCGCCGAAGCCGAGCCUCCUUGAUCCAAAGUUGCUGGAGCAACAGUUACAGGCACGGCGUGACUCUGCCAGCAGUCGACGGACCUCGUUGGCUGAAGCCAUUCCUGGCUUCCCCAUGCUCAAGCACAGGGAGGCUCCUAAAGUGGAAAAGGAAAAAUUCAUUGAAGAGCUGAAAGAUGUGAAAGCGAAAGAAGGACAGCCAAAAGCAGCAAUGAAAUGUACAUUUGUCAAGGCAAAUGCCCGCUUCCGAUGGUACAAGAACAAACUAGAAAUUUUUCAAGGUCCAAAAUAUAACUUUCUUCAGGAGGGGAACGAGUAUGCACUAGAAAUCAAGAAUAUCGCAAUGGAGGACGCAGCCAAAUAUUCGUGUAAAUGUAAUGACAUCACAACAGUCGCCCAGCUCUACGUUGAAGAGAGAAAGUAUGCCUACUACUUCAAUCAGAAACUCCCAAAGACUGCAGAGGUGGUCAGAGGCAAAGAUCUCACUCUUGAGUGUUCCGUCUCGGACCCUCGUGCUCCUGUCACCUGGUAUCAUAAAGGCAACAAACUAGAAUAUGUUGCCGGAAAAAUUGAGUUGAAACGUCGAGAAAACCGAUGUAUCCUGAAGAUUUGCCGAGCGAAGCCGGAAGCUGAGGGCGAGUAUAGCUGUAUGGUGGAAGGCGACGAGACGUUUGUGGACGUAGCCAUUGAAGACCCUGACUGGUUCUUCAAUCGCGAACUCAAACAGCAGAACGCCCUCGAAACUGAUCCGGUAGUCACCUUUGAAUGCGAGGUCUCGGAUCGCGACGCAGAGGUUCAGUGGUUCAAGAACGACGAGCUCAAUUUUUUACAUUUGAUCUUUCAGCCAAUUGUUGCGAGUGAUAAAUAUGAAAUUUUAUCGGAGUCACGGCUGAAACGCAUCCUCAAAAUCAAGAACAUCACAAUGGACGAUGAUGCCACGUACACUUGCAAGGUCGCCAAGAAAACAACGUCAGCUCGAUUGGUUGUCAAACCUGACGUGGAAUUCAAGCAAAAUUUAAUCGACACCAAUGGCAUCGAGACAAAAAGCAAAGAACUGGUCUGCAGGGCAUAUAAUCCGAAAAAAUACCCAGUCAAGUGGUACAAGGAUGGUGUGGAGAUUACUUUCAACGACCGGAUUUCGACUAAAGAGGCCGAGGGGUCGCUAUUCCUCAUCAUCAAGUCACUCGAACUGGAUGAUGAGGGCGUUUACUCCUGUAAAAUCGGUGCCCAUGAAACUAAGGGCAAACUUGGGGUCACCGAGUGCGAGAAACCACCAACGGUUGAUCUCGCCAAUUUCGACGACUACCUAAAACUUAAAAAGGGCGCAGCAUUCGCCACUGCGGUACCCUUUAAAGGCUUUCCUGUGCCCAACAUGACAAUUUUACGCAAUGGAGAUCCACUACCGGAGAACGUGAAGUUAAAGGCAGUUUUGAGAAAUGGCGCUGUUGCCGUCGAGUUGGAUGACGCUCAGCGGGCUGAUGCUGGAAACUAUACAAUCAAGUUGGCCAACAGCAUGGGUGAAGCCGAAAUACCCUUCACAAUUGAUGUCUACGAUCGUCCCAAGCCCCCCAAGGGUCCGUUGGAUGUCUGUGAACUGACGGCCACUAAGUGCACCCUCAUGUGGGACCCACCAGAAGACGACGGCGGGUGUCCGAUUACGCACUAUGAAGUGGAGGUCAUGGACGUGACAGCUGGGGACGAGUGGAAGCCACUUAAAAAGGUGAAAGAAUGCAAGUGCGAUGUUCCGCUUGUGGAGGGUAACAAAUACAAAUUCCGCUGCCGCGCUGUCAACCAAGAAGGCCCCUCAGACUAUUUGGAGGCUGAAAAAGAAACGUUGGCUCGCGAUAUUUGCGACCCACCAGACCCGCCAGGCAAUUUAAAGAUUGCUGAUUACGAUGCUGAACAUGUGGAUCUAAAUUGGGUGAAACCAAGGAAGGAGAACGGAGCCCCAGUGAAGAACUACAUAAUUGAGACACGAAAGCAUCCGGACAAAUCCUGGGUAACUGUGAAGGAGACCCCAGAUACUAAAGCCUCUAUCCCAUGGAAGGAGGGCGAGACCUACGAAUACCGUGUCAUUGCGGUUAAUAAGGCGGGCAAAUCCGAUCCCUGCACCGCCACCGCACCAAUCAUCGCCAAGCCCCGAUUCUUAAAGCCAUGGAUAGACAAAUCAAGAAUUCAAAUCAUCAAGUUGAAAGUUGGACAGCCCUUCGAAAUAAAUCUUCGUUACAGAGCUGAACCUGACCCAGAAGUAAAAUGGUUCGCAGAUGAAACGCCUAUGGAAUCAAAUGAUGAGUAUGAGCUGAUUUUUAACAACCGCGACAGUGGAAUAAAGGUGAACAAUGCACAACGAAAGCACACAAGACUCUACAAACUUGUCGUUUCCAAUGAGGUUGGCUUUGACGAGGCCACCGUUGAGGUGGUCGUCCUAGGCAAGCCCACUAAACCGAGAGGCCCUCUUGAGGUCAAGGAAGUCACUAAAAAUUCCUGCGUUCUAGAAUGGAAGCCACCUAGCGACGAUGGUGGAGAACCGAUACAAUAUUACCUCGUUGAGAAGAUGGACACAAAGAAGGGCCGCUGGGAGAAAGUGGCCGAAGUCACGCGUGGCACAACCUGUACGGUACCCAAGUUGAUUGAAGGCAACAAAUAUGAUUUCCGUGUCUCCGCGGUUUCGAACCAGGGAGCCAGCGAACCGCUGGAAGCGGAAACAGAGACUAUCGCGAAAAACCCCUACGACGAACCCGAGGCGCCGGAGAAACCAGAGAUUGUAGAUCACGACAAGGAUCGCAUUGACUUGAAGUGGCAACCACCUGCUUUCGACGGAGGCGCGCCCAUCAUUGGCUACCAUGUGGAGCGUAAGGAGCCAAAAUCCAGCAGGUGGACCAGGGUUACGUUGAAACCCGUUCCGGACACCAAUUACAUUGAUGGGUCCGUGACUGCUGGACGAGAAUACGAGUAUCGCGUCAUCGCCGUCAACAAGGCUGGUCCUAGCCCUCCAAGCAAACCUAGUGACCUCGUUACUGCCAAACCUAGUCGAGAAGCACCGAAGUUGGAUAAGAAUAGACUACGCGACCUCCUAGGUCCACGCAACGAGAUUCGGUUGCGCGCUGGGGAGCCAUUGAGCAUUCCCAUCCCCAUAAAGGGCGCGCCAAAGCCGACUGUGACAUGGACGAAGGACGGAGGUGCUGUCCCAAUGACCGCUAAGCUCACUGACACCGAAGAACUAGCAGCCCUCGACAUUCCCAGAACGCAUUAUUAUAAUGAUCUUCUUCAUGUAAACUUAGAUAAACCUAAGCCUCCUCGUGAUCUGGAAGUCUUUGAUGUCUUUGCUGAGCACUGUAUGUUGAAGUGGAAACCUCCUGAAGAUGAUGGGGGGACACCCAUCACUGAUUAUAUCGUUGAGCGAUGUAGUGAGUCAUUGGGCGUCUGGGAACCAGUGUCCGGGGUUAUCAAGGACAACCAAAUUUUAGUCAAGGGCCUGCAACCGAAGCAACUUUACCAAUUCCGUGUUAAGGCCGUAAAUAACAUGGGCGAAUCAGCUCCUGCCCAGACUAAAAAUUCGGUGCUCGCGAAGAAUCCGUUUGACCCUCCAUCCGCACCGCAAGAUUUUGAAAUUGUGUCCUAUGAUAAAAGAUCCGUGUCUUUUGAAUGGAAACCACCGAAGAGUGACGGUGGCAAUGCUAUCAAAGGUUAUCAAAUCGAGAAACGUCUGCACCCACGAGGCGAUUGGAAGGUGGCAACGAAUAAUUUGGUUCCGGGAACGAAAAUUACGCUCUCCAACGUUGAUGAGGGUAUGACUUACGAGUUCCGUGUCUGUGCAGUUAACGAUGGAGGCCCAGGUGCCUACGCGCAGCUUGAGAAGCCUCACACAGUAAAGGAUAUGAUCUUCCCCCCGGAAAGUCCCAGAGAGUUGAAUGUAGACAGCGUGAACAAGAAUGGCGCCAAGUUGAGCUGGAAACCUCCCAAGAUUGACGGGGGUGCCCCUGUUACCGGUUACGUUGUCGAAAAGCAAGAUGACGACGGCAACUGGGUGCCCGUAUUGGAGACCAAGGAAGCAUCGGUGUUCGUGCCGAUGAAAGAGGGCGAGAAGGCUCAGUUACGGGUUCGCGCGGUAAACAGGGAAGGCCCGGGAGAACCCACACGACCCACACCCGUCAUCACGGCAGAAGACAAACCCACCCCACCUCGCAUCGCCACAAUUAGCGACGGAGUUAUCGGGGGACCUGGUUCCGGUGUCGGUGGACUUCAGGACGUAACCAUCAAGGCUGGACAGGAAUUGCGCCUCCCUGUAGCCUGGUUUGGCUAUCCUAAACCAACGGCGAGCUGGUUACUCAACGAAAAGCCCGUGAAGCCUGGCGAAAACAAUGUCAUUCUUCUUGACGAGGCUCCACCAAGACCUUCAGCCAACACCCCCACUGCACAGCUUGAACAAGAACCAGGAGGCACAUUUGUCCUGCUUGUGCCAAACGCUCGCCGAGUAAACACUGGCCGUUACCAAGUUCGCCUCAUCAACGACCAGGGGCAGGCUACGUCUUCUUGUCAAGUCAAUGUAAUUGAUGUCCCCGGGUCACCGACUGGACCUUUAGAAGCAGUCGAUGUCAAAGCCGACGAGAUCACACUUCAGUGGAAACCACCGGAAGAUGACGGUGGCGAACCUAUUACAAACUAUGUACUUGAGAAACGCGCCAAGGGCUCCGAAAGCUGGCAAAAAGUGAGCGGUUUCUUAAAAGCACCUACAGCAACAGUUCAUGGCCUCGAAGUUGGGCAAGAAUAUGAGUUUCGAGUCAUGGCGGAGAAUGUCGUAGGUGUCAGCGAACCGCUUCAGACAACCUCUGCCAUCAAGGCUAAACAUCCAUUCGAUCCUCCAUCCGGCAUGGAAAAGCCAGACGUUGAGGAAACAACCGAAACCUCAGUCUCCCUAUCGUGGAAGCCACCAAGAAAAGGCCCGGUAACUGGAUAUAUCGUUGAAAAACGUCUCAAGGGAGAACAUGGCUGGACAAAAGCCAAUAGUGGACAGUUAUCAGGAACUGCAUAUACGGUUAAAAACCUUCCCACGGGGAAAGAAUUCCAGUUCCGUAUUAUUCCAUACAACUUGGCUGGACAAGGUGAACCUAGUGAACCCACCGAUAGCACCAAAAUACAGAACCCGCCUUCUGCUCCGAAGGUUAGCAAGAAUAUCAUGACUACCAUCAACGCAGUUGUGGAUAAGCCCUUCACGAUGCACAUCCCGUACACUGGUACACCACCGGAUAACAUCGAGCUUACCAAGGAUGGUAAGGUGAUUCCGCUGCCUAGCGGCCGCUUCAUGUUUCAAGUGACUCCAGACGAGGUCAUCAUCAUGGACACCAAAGCCGUGAAAGAAGACGCGGGUCGCUACUCCGUGUCACUCAUUAAUGACCAGGGCAAAGACGAUGUGGCUAUUCAGGUGAACAUUCGUGGUCCCCCAUCUGCUCCCAUUGGGCCACUGGAAAUCACGAACGUCCGAGCAAACAGCUGCACACUCAGCUGGAGUCCACCAGAUGAAAACGGCGGAGCUCCAAUUACAAACUACGUAGUUGAGAAGCAGGAAGGCAGCAGCAGCGAGUGGACUCCUGUGAGCACCUUUGUCCGAAUGCCACAGUUCGAUGUGUCAGAUCUCACAGAAGGCAAGCAGUAUCGGUUCCGUGUUCGAGCAGCCAACGAAUUCGGACCAGGCGAACCUCUUGAGGGCAAUAAAGCCAUUACGACAGAAGACCCUAUUGUUCCUCCUGGCCCACCUGGUGACCUGGAGAUAAGUGACGUCGAUGCGGACAGUGUGAAACUCAGAUGGACAAAGCCGCGCAAGACAGGCAAUGGAAAAAUUACCGGAUACAUUGUUGAGUACAAGCCCGCACUGGGAGGCGAGUGGACGAAGGGCACGGGGGUCAGCGGUAAAGACACCGAAGGAACGGUGAGCGGAUUGGAGAAGGGCGAAAAGUAUCUUUUCCGUGUCAGCGCAAAGAACGAGGCCGGGGUCGGUGAACCAGUCCAAACUUCUAGACCAGUUCUUUGUAAACCAAAAUAUGACGCACCUGAUGCUCCUGGCGUGCCUUCUAUCAAGGAUGUGGACAGGAACUUUGUCGAGUUAGUAUGGACGGCUCCAUCCAAAGACGGAGGCGCACGUAUUACUGGUUACAUUGUCGAAAAGAAGCAAAUUGGCAGUGCCAACUGGGAACCUGCCAUUAGUGGUGGAGAGCCAAUCACUGGGACUGCAGCAAAGUUGGAAGACCUGGUUGAAAAUGCUGAUUACGAAUUCCGGGUGAGGGCUGUCAAUGCAGCUGGACCCGGUCAGCCUAGCCUUCCCACGGAGAUGGUCAAGGUCGCCAAGAAAAAAGAUUACGUUGUGGAAAAACUUGACGAAUCUCUUGGCGUGUGGUCGCCUGUCCGUGGCGUACUUCAUGACAACUCGGUUUCGGUUACCGACUUAGUGGAAGGUAAACGAUACCUCUUCCGCGUUUCUGCUGUCAAUGCAAUCGGUCAGUCUGAACCUGCUGAGACUCUCACUUCUGUCCUGGCUAAGAAUCCGUUUGGCUACCUGAUAGAGAAACGCGUUGGUAAGGGCGAAUGGAUAAAGGCUCUGCCUAACUUGGUUUCUGGAACUGAGGCUACCAUUCCCAAUCUACUCACUGGAAAAGAAUGCGAAUUCAGGGUAGCUGCCGUCAAUGCUGGUGGUCCUGGUGACUUCUCUCGAGCCACGCAGGCACAACUGAUCAAGGAUAAAACAACUCCCGCUGGUUCGCCUGAUGGUCUCAACGUAGACAAAGUGAACAAGAAUGGCGCCAAAUUGUCCUGGAAGAAACCGCGCAACGAUGGUGGUUCUCCAAUCACCGGAUAUGUUGUUGAGAAACUGGACAGUGAUGGUAACUGGGCGCCAGUGAAACAGACCACUGAACCAGAAGCCUUCAUUCCCAUGAAGGAAGGCGAAAAGACGCAAUUCAGGGUGCGAGCUAUCAAUGAGGAAGGAGAGGGUGAACCCAGUCGUCCCACUCCACCAGUCACCGCAGAGGAUCAGCCGGCUCCGCCCAGGAUUAUAACCCUUGCAGACGGAGUUCUUGGUGGUCCAGGUUCUGGAGUUGGAGGUCUUCAAGACAUCACGAUAAAGGCGGGUCAGGAGUUGAGACUGCCGAUCGCAUGGUUUGGCCACCCACCACCAACUGUGACUUGGAUUCAAAAUGGUGAACCAGUGUCACAUGGUGGAGAUCGUAAGAUCAUGAUGACUACUGAGCCUCAACCACGUUCCGCUUCCCAAUUACUGGGUGGUCCACUGGAGGAAGAAUCAGGUGGGACCUCCGUGCUUCGGGUCCCCAGAGCCUCCCGUGUCGACUCUGGUCAGUGGCAAGUUCUGCUCAAAAACGAACUUGGUCAAGCCACUUCUUCUUGCAAAGUUACUGUUAUUGACGUUCCUGACAUGCCAAAGGGACCACUGGAGGCUACCGAUGUAAAGGCUGAUGAAAUUUCACUGAGCUGGAAACCUCCAGAGGAUAACGGAGGCGAGCCAGUAACCAACUAUGUUCUUGAGAAAAGACCCAAAGGCUCUGGAGACUGGCAGAAAGUUAGUGCAUUUAUUAAGUCUCCUACCGCGACAGUUCGUGGCCUAGAAGAAGGCGUCGAGUAUGAGUUCCGAGUUAUGGCCGAAAACGCCAUGGGUCUUAGUGAGCCACUCAUGACUGACAAGGCCAUUAAAGCCAAGCACCCUUUCGAUCCACCUUCUGGAAUGCAAAAACCAAUAGUCGAAGGAACUACCGAGAAUUCAGUUUCAUUGUCGUGGGAACCACCCCAAAAGGGUCCUGUAUCCGGAUAUAUUAUAGAGAAGCGCCCCAAAGGUGAAAGGAACUGGGCAAAAGCGCACCCUGGAACGAUUUCAGGCUUGAGUUCUACCAUCAGGGGUCUGCCGACAAACAAAGAGUUUCAAUUUAGAGUUGUCCCUAUCAAUGCAGCAGGUCACGGAGAGCCUAGUGAACCCUCAGAAACUGUAACGGUUCGUGAACCACCAACUGCACCCAGAAUCGGGGACUUGAAGAGAGAGGUCAAUGCUACUCUAGGCGAACCAUUCAAAAUUCAUGUCCCCUACACGGGAACCCCACCGGACACCAUCACCCUCACCAAGGAUGGGAAGAAAAUGGAUCUGCCCAGUGGUUCCUUUGCUGUGGAAGUCACUCCCGACGAGGUAAUAAUAAUGAACUUGAAGGCGGAGAAGGAUGACGAGGGUCAAUACGAAGUUGCCCUCACCAAUGAAAAGGGGAAAGAUCAAGUAGCUAUUAAAGUAAAUGUGAAGCGUCCACCUGAAUCUCCCACUGGUCCACUCGAAGCUACAGAUAUCACUGCUGAAGGCUGCACACUUAAAUGGAAACCCCCAAAGGACAACGGAGGUUCACCGAUCACCAACUACGUUGUGGAGAAGCAAGAUCUGAAAACUGGCGAGUGGUCUCCAGUUAGUAAUUACGUCCGUGGAACAGAAUUAGAAGUCUCUGGCUUGGACGAAGGGAAACGAUACAACUUUCGUGUCAAGGCCGUAAAUGAAAAUGGGGCUAGUGAACCACUCGAGUCUAAUUCACCAAUAACAGCUGAGAACCCUGUUGUUCCUCCCGGUUCACCGAGCAGCCUCGAGGUAGCAGACGUGGACGCUGAGGAGGUUACAUUAUCUUGGGUGAAACCGCGAAAGGACGGAGGAUCGAAGAUAACAGGCUAUACCGUUGAAUAUAAGCCUGCAAGUAGCGAUGAUUGGAUCAAGGCUCCAAGUACUAAGGACACAAUGGCGACCGUUAAUGGCUUACGCAAGGGUGAGAAGUACGUGUUUCGUGUCAGUGCUAGAAACGCCGCCGGUGUGGGUGAACCAUGCUCAUCAACCAGGCCGGUGGUCUGCAAGCCCAAAUACGAUGCUCCUGAUGCCCCAGGACAGCCACGCAUCGAAGACGUAGACAAGAACCAGGUGACACUUUCCUGGUCCACGCCCGUCCGGGAUGGUGGUUCUAAGCUUACUGGAUACAUUGUGGAGAAGAAGAAGUUGGGUGAAAGCGACUGGAGCAAGGCGGCCAAUUUGCCCGCUACAGCAACAAAAGUCACGGUUGAUGGACUCGAACCUGAAGGAGAGUAUGAAUUCCGUGUUCGUGGCGUCAAUGCUGCUGGUCCUGGCAACCCGUCUCUACCUUCUGAACUUACCAAAGUUGAACCAAAGAAAAAACCUCAUUUCAUUUCAGCCAAACCCAAAGGUCCCGAUGAAGUAAGCGUCAGGAACAUUCUUGCCAAUUCCUGCAAAGUUGAAUGGACUCCCCCUCUUUUUGAUGGGGGCUUACCAAUCACUGGGUAUGCCGUCGAAGUUUGUGAUGAAGCUACGGGUGUGUGGUCGCCUAUCACUAGUCCUAUUCAUGAAAACUCGGUUGAUGUUCAAGGACUUGCAGAAGGCCACCGGUACAUGUUUCGAGUGGCAGCUAUCAAUGCCCUCGGUCGCUCAGAACCCACAGAAACUCACCUAUCAAUCCUUGCUAAAAAUCCGUUUGGUAGGACUACUCUCGUUGAAUCUGUAAAAAUUGACGAUUAUGACCGCAAUUCGGUAGCUUUGAUUUGGAAGCCCCCUGAACGGGAUGGAGGCAAUCCAAUCAAGGGAUAUCUUGUUGAAAAACGCACACCCAGGGGUCAGUGGGUUACUGCAACACCAGGACUUGUCUCAGACACAAAGGUCACUUUGACUGGCCUUGAACCAGGUCGUGAAUACGAAUUUCGUGUCGCUGCUGUCAACGACGGAGGGCCUGGAGACUUCUCGAGACCGACAAUGCCUCAUAUAAUGAAAGAUAAGAUAGUAAUUUUUGUCAUCACAAUAACCUCUAUUCUAGUGCCUGCGAGUUCGCCUGAUGGUCUCAACGUGGACAAAGUGAACAAGAAUGGCGCCAAAUUGUCCUGGAAGAAACCGCGCAACGAUGGUGGUUCUCCAAUCACCGGAUAUGUUGUUGAGAAACUGGACAGUGACGGUAACUGGGCGCCAGUGAAACAGACCACUGAACCAGAAGCCUUCAUUCCCAUGAAAGAAGGCGAAAAGACGCAAUUCAGGGUACGAGCUAUCAAUGAGGAAGGAGAGGGUGAACCCAGUCGUCCCACUCCACCAGUCACCGCAGAGGAUCAGCCCGCAGCUCCGCGAAUAGCAAAUUCCUCUGAUGGACUUAUUGAUGGUCCCGGGUCUGGUAUUGGAGGUCUGAAGGACAUCACUGUGAAGGCUGGUCAAGAAAUUCGGCUCGCAUUGACCUGGUUUGCCAGCCCUGCCCCCACUGCCCGUUGGAUUCACAAUGACAAGCCGGUUUCGCUGGAUGGUGAGCGCGUGAAGGCUACGACUGAAGACGCUCCUCAUUCAGCGCGGCCUCUUCUUGGUGGAUACCUGGCAGAGGAUCCAGCUGGGACCUCUGUCCUUGUUAUCAAAAAGGCCAAACGCACGGACGCAGGACAGUAUGGCGUUUUACUUGAGAAUCCACACGGACAAACGCGUAGCUCUUGCACAGUUACUGUGCUUGAUGCUCCUGGUGCACCCAGGGGUCCAUUGGAAGCUGUCGACAUCAAAGCUGAUGAAGUAACUCUGAAGUGGAGUGCACCAGAAGACGACGGUGGAGAGCCAGUCAAAAAUUACAUUUUGGAGAAAAGAAUCGCUGGCACAGACAAUUGGCAAAAGGUCAGCGCUUUCCUCCACUCUCCUGAAGUGACCGUCCGUAAUCUGGAUGAGGGCAAACCCUAUGAAUUCCGUGUCAUGGCGGAGAAUUCGUACGGCGUUAGUGAGCCCCUAACGACCAACGGAAGCAUCCGACCAAAACAUCCCUUUGAUCCGCCAUCUGGAAUGUCAGAGCCUUACGUUACAGAUUCGACCGACGACAGCGUUACCCUUUCGUGGAACCCCCCAACCCGAGGUCCAGUAUCCGGCUAUAUUGUUGAGAAGAAACCGAAAGAAAACCUUUGUUUAUUUUACAGGGCCAACGUUGGCAAUGUAACUGGAAACACGUACACGGUGAAGGGUCUGCCAACGGGUAAUGAGUACGAAUUCCGCGUGGUUCCCUACAAUGCAGCUGGUAACGGCGAGCCGAGCAACUCCACUGGAUUCAUCAAAGUGCAAAAGCCGAUUGAAGCUCCAAAAAUUUCCAUUGAGACGCCCACCGAGAUCAACACCGUGUUUGGUCAGCCUCUUAGGAUCCGAGUACCGUUUACAGGGUCACCACCUUCCUCUGUAGAGCUAACGAAGGAUGGCAAACCAGUUUUGUUACCAAACACCCGCCUUGCCGUCGAAAUCACACCUGACGAAGUAAUUAUCAGUACUCCGGCUUCUGAGAAGGACGACACCGGCGUCUAUGAUAUCAAAAUUUCGAAUCAAAAGGGGUCCGACCAUAGACCAAUUAAGAUCAACGUUCUUUGUCCACCUGAAGCACCCGUUGGCCCACUUGAUGUCUCUAAUGUGACAGCCAAUUCUUGCAAACUUAGAUGGAAACCGCCAGCCGCGACAUUUGGAGCCCCUGUGACGAAUUACAUUGUCGAAAGACAAGACGUCGAAAACGGAGAUUGGUCUCCGGUAAGCAAGUUCGUGCGACAUCCUGAGUAUGAGGUGACCUCCCUGGACACGGGCAAAAAGUACAAAUUCCGUGUCUCAGCAGUUAACGAGUAUGGAGUUAGUGAACCUCUUGAAGGUGAACGAACCAUUAUUGCUGUUGAUGAACCCACUGUUCCAGACUCACCACAGAAUUUGGAGAUCACCGAUGUUAAUGAGGACAGUGUGUCGCUUGAAUGGGUGAAGCCUCGGGGUACUGGUACUCAAAAGCCUACUGGAUAUAUUGUCGAAUACAAGACUCCCGAUGGCGAAUGGACUCGAGCUACUGUAGGACAGGUCAAAGGAACUUCGGUAACUGUGCCUGGUUUGGAAAAGGGGAAGCGCUACAUGUUUCGUGUUUCCGCUAAAAAUGAUGCCGGCAUUGGUGAACCAAGUCGUCCGACACCAACUGUCGAAUGCAAACCAAAGUAUACCACCCCUGGAACCACUGGAAUCCCCUCAGUAGAUAGCGUGGGCCGCGACUUCGUCAACUUGUCUUGGACGCCACCAACAAGAGAUGGUGGAUCCCGCAUCACCAGUUAUGUCGUAGAAAAGCGUCAACGUGGCUCAUCUGACUGGCUGCCUGCCACUACGUCACCAGUCAUUGGAACAUCUGCAAACAUAAGUGGAUUGCCUAGCGGAGAGGAAUUCGAGUUCCGUGUCAUUCCAGUCAACACUGCCGGAAGCGGAGAGCCUAGCCAGUCGACGCCAAUGACCAAGAUUGAGGACAAGCGAGCCAACGCUGCCGCUGAUUUCAUAACUAAACUAUCACCGGCUUCAACGGGUGUUGGCGGUACGGCUGAGUUUACUGUUCAAGUAGACGGAAAUCCAAUGCCAAGGAUCCGGUGGUUGCACAAUGGCAUGGAGCUCAAUCCCACUGGAAGAAUUCAGAUCACCGGUCCUGACGCUGAUGGCGUAGCUCGCCUUGUCCUUAGUGACCUGACGGAACAUGAUGCUGGUGACAUCACCUGUGAGCUUGUGACUCCCGUUAACCGCAUCGCCUGUUCUGCCCCACUUGAUGUGUUUGGAGCACCGCAGGUCUUCGGUGACGUACCUGAACGCACGGUGGAGGAAGGUGAUCUUGUCAAGUUUAAAGUCCCCUACACUGCCAGAGGCAACGUCAAGCUCAAGCUCUACAAGGAUGGUCGCGAGGUGCCUGAAUCGAAAGCUGUCAAAUUGAUGGACUUGGAUGGCGUAGCUUCUGUUCAAAUGAAAGGUGAACCUGACGCCUGCCAAGGUCCACUUCAGGUUUCCGACACCACGCCCUUCAGCACACGUCUCUCAUGGAGACCUCCGCGUUCCGACGGUGGCUCAAAGAUUACCCACUACGUUGUGCAAAGGCAAGAGGUUGGAACGGAUAACUGGGUAACUGUUCAGUCAGCCUGCCGCUCUCUUAGCUCGGAGGUUCAAGGCCUUACCGACGGCGUCAGCUACCUGUUCCGUGUGGCCCCCGUCAACGAUGUGGGUCAAGGUGAAUGGCUGACCACCACCGCGCCAACAGUUGCCAAGUAUCCUUUCGAUAAACCCAGCGCUCCUGGUCCAAUAUCUGUGUCGGAUGUUGGUUCAAACUUUGUUAAUCUCACAUGGUCGCGUCCAUCCAACGAUGGUGGUGGUCGUCUCCUAGGUUAUUUCAUUGAGAAACGCGAAGCUGGCGCCACAAAUUGGACUCGCGUCAAUUUGAAUCCAAUUCAGACUCUUUCCUACAAUCUACCCAACCUCCUAGAAGACAAGUCAUAUGAAUUCCGUGUGAUUGCAGUAAACGAUGCUGGUGAAAGCCCGCCAUCCAGCAUUGACAGUCCAGUCGUCGUUAAGGAUCCUCAGAGUUGCGCUGCUCCGCAAUUGCUACGUUCUUUGAAACCGCUCACUGUAAACGAGGGCCGUGACGCCGAAUUUGAAAUUGAGGUAGACUGUUCUUCGCCGUAUGAUGUGACAUGGUAUAAAGGGGAUCGCGAGCUCGUCCCGUCAAAUCGGAUUGAUAUGUCCCGAGAAGGUAGGGUGUGCACGCUAACCAUCGCAAAUUGUCACGGCGAGGACACCGAAGAGUAUGGCGUCAGGGUUUCGAACCGUGGUGGCACGAAAUACAGCCGCGCCCCCCUCUCUGUCAACACCAAGCCACAAAUUAAUCUUCCUGAACGUUGGCGUGAACCGACAGAUUGGGAACGUGGUGACACCAUCCAAAUCAAAGCUCCAUUUGUCGCCCACCCUGCCCCAAAAGCUACAUGGACUUUAAAUGGCAAGGAACUCAAGGAAGGCAAAAACGUGCAAAUGGAAGUUAAAAGACGCCACGCCAUCCUUACUCUAUCUAACGUCGACGAAAACACUACUGGAAAGGUUACACUUACCCUCGAGAAUUCGAUGGGGGCUGAUUCAGCCACAAUCGACCUAAAGGUCCACGACAGACCUCCACCACCUUUUAAUGUGCGAGUUGAAGGAAUCUCGGAUGGACGCGCCCUUCUCUCGUGGAAUAUGCCUCCCGAUUCUGGAUAUGUCUCAGAAUACAUCAUUGAACGCGCUGAAGGUUCGAGUGACAAUUGGGUCCGCGCUGGAAUCAGCCGCUUCUCUACCUAUUACUGUGAUGGUCUCCAGAAUGGACACGAGUACCGGUUUCGGGUCUAUGCCGACAACCUUCACGGACGUAGCGACCCAAGUAAACCCUCUGAUCCAACUGUGAUCAAAUAUGACGACAAAGACCGCAGUAGGCAACGUCACAAACUUGGUGAUGGGGAACCGCGGGGAUCUUAUGACGGUCCUCCAAUUUCAGACUAUGACCGGUUUUAUGAAGGUCUUUGGCGCAAAGGAGCACCUCUUCCGACUAACUUCAACUCGGGUAAUAUCUACGAUUACUACGAGAUCCUUGAAGAACUUGGAAGUGGAUCGUUCGGAGUCGUACACAGAGCCAAGGAGAAAGCUACCGGUCGAAUCUAUGUUGUCAAAUUCGUACCCACACCAACAGAAGCUGAGCGUGCUGUUGUCAACAAUGAAGCUAACAUAAUGAAGUUGUUAAAUCACCCCAAACUGAUGCAUCUCCACGAAGUGUUCUCGGAGCCAACCGAAACCGCCAUGGUGCUCGAAUUUCUCUCAGGUGGCGAGUUGUUUGAUCGCAUUGCCGAUGAUGGCUACACAAUGAGCGAAGCUGAAGUGAUCAAGUACGUGCGACAGUUGUUAUCCGGUCUCCAACACAUGCACGAAAAUCACAUUGUACACCUCGACAUCAAGCCAGAGAAUAUCAUGUGUGAGACAAGCCGGUCGACAGAUAUUAAACUCGUUGACUUUGGCCUCUCGACGAAGUUGAAUCCGCAAGACGAAGUUCGCGUAUCCACGGCAACACCGGAGUUUUCUGCCCCAGAAAUUGCCGAUCACAAUCCUGUGGGCUUCUACACGGACAUGUGGGCUGUUGGAGUUCUCACUUACAUUCUCCUCUCGGGUAUAUCACCGUUCGCCGGAGACGAUAUCGUGGAAACCCUUAGCAACGUUAGCAAAGCUUCCUAUAAUUUUGACAAUGAGGCGUUCAGAAACAUCUCAGACAAUGCCAAAGACUUUAUUUCUAAACUCCUCGUCAAGGCUCCCGAGAAACGCAUGAAUGUAUUCGAGGCCCUGGAGCAUCCUUGGCUCAACACCGAGGUCACCGAUGAACAGAACCGUCGCAUUCCAGCCAAACGUUACGAAACUGUCCGUCGACAAAUGCAUGAACGUAUAGGCAAAAACUGGGAGCAGCAACCACCCAUUGGGCAUCUUUCCAACUACAGCUCGAUCCGCCGACUUAAGCGCGAUGAAUACAAAAUCUACACAACCCAAUUCGAUCGCCGAGAGGCUGGCCCUAGAUUUAUUCGCCAUCCAUCAAAUCAGACAGUUCUUGAAGGAAACACCGCCCAAUUCAAUUGUCGCGUUAUUGGCGUCUCCGAGCCUAUAAUCACUUGGGUCUAUCGGGGCACACAACUUACACAAAGCCUCAAGUAUAUGCAACGCUACUCAGGCCGUGACUACUCACUCAAAGUUAGUCGUGUGAAGAAGUCGGAAGACGAGGGUGAAUACAUUGUUCGGGCAGAAAACAGCUUUGGCCGAAAGGAGAGUUCUGCUUAUCUCACUGUAGAGUUUGUUCGUGAAAUCACAAGAGAGCCUUCCGUAAUGCCGAGAAAGAAGUUUGUCUUGAAAGAAUACGAAGUUGUCCUGCCAGAAGAGCUUCCUCCGCGAUUCUCCUUACCUUUGAGGAAUCGUUUCAUCCAAGCCGGUCGUUCUGUAAAGCUUACUUGCACUGCCGAUGGCAACCCAACUCCGCAGCUCUCCUGGUUUAAGGAUGGAAGGCAAAUAGAGAGAGAUGGAGAAUUCGACAUCCAGACCAUACUGGGCAUCACCUCCAUCGAGAUCUUCAGCUGCAGUGACCAGCAUUCGGGCAGGUACACAUGUCGCGCCAGCAACAAACUCGGCGAGGAUGAGACCACCUGCAAACUCGUCGUUGAACCGAAUCGCGUUAAACAGCUGCUGGCUGCGACCGCGAGCAGAGGAGUUCGCGCAUCAAGCACCAUGCCCUAUACCUCCUCGGAAACCUACAAAACUACCUCGUCGGUGCGUGAGUCUUCGAUUUUGGGUAACAGUAUCACCUCCACCACCUCGAUUACUCGCUCUAGCCUGCAGAUGUCCGAGAGAAGAAGCUCUGGCAUGCGAAAUGCCAAUCCCAGGCAGAAAGCACCCGCCCUAAAAGCAGCCAUUGACGCGCCUACUGGUUUACUUGAGGGCGACACCCUUACGCUCGAAGCUCAAUUCUACCCUGCCGAGCCGCCUGCCACCGUAGCCUGGUUUUUCAAUGGGCAGGAUUUGAGCUCUGCCGGUCGCACGAACAUCAUGACCUCAAGUGAUGGUUGCCGAAGCACCCUUCGAAUUAAUGAUUUAUCAUCGGUUGAUUCUGGAAGCUAUGAGUGCAAGGCCAUGAACCCCGCCGGAAUCGCAAAAACAAGGACCGAUGUUAGUGUCUCAACCAAGGGUUUGACAGGACGUGAAUUUUCUGUUCCUGCAGCAAACGAUGUCACUUUGGCUGAACCUGUUCCUAUUGGAUCGUUUGUUGACGGCACGGAGGCUUCUUCUGUUGAAGUGGCUACCCGUGCUUCCGAAGUAGACGGAGAUUAUGAGCCAGAUGCAGCUUCUGCAACCCCUGAGCAUGACCAACUCAACGGCGCGAUUGCGAUACAGCCCGGAUUCCAUCCCGAAGUGCCAAUACUCCUACGCCAACUUCAAGGCCAAAUAGUCGAUCUGGGUGUUGGUUCGGUCACUUUUAGCUGUCAGUUUAAAAAUGCCACAGGUGUUGGCUGGUCCUUCAAUGGGAAAGCCCUCGCCCCAGAUGACAAAUAUGACAUUACGUUGGAGGGGAACGAUGUCAACCUCGUUGUUAAGGACAUAGGGCUCGAAGACUCAGGCGUCUACGCAUGUCAUGCUGUCAAUACCGAUGGACGAGUGACCACGAUUCCAGACUCUAAGAAUCCAACUCCUGGGCCGCAGUUCCUGACCUUUCCCAAUUCCCUGACGACCACGGCAGAUAGACCGAUCGAACUCGAUUGUUCAUUCACAAGUCCAGUAACCAGUCUGAUGCUGUGUCAAAACAUGAUGGAAAUGGAAGAGGCUCAGUUCUUUAUUUCCGAAGAUGGGUUGUCUGCAAAGAUUUCACUUGCUGGCGGCGACUUAAUCCCAGCUGAUAGCGGCAAAUACGCCGUCAUCGCCCAGAACGCCGACGGGGAUCAUUGUGAGUGGUGGUUUGACAUCCAGGUCAAGCCAGCUGACAAACUGGCAUAG